AUGAAAGAACCUCGGAUUUUCCCUAGAGAGCGGCCAACUCCUUGGACUCGUGCUCCGCUGCCACCUCGAGGACGGCUCGACGGUUCCCUGGGACCACAGGGGGGUCCUGUUCUGAACACAGGCCACCCACUGGGUGUGAACUCGGAUCCCUUCCUUAUGGCGGCUGGUUCUCUUGGUGGAAAUCUGACCCCAUUUCCAAGGAACCCAUCUCCUUUUCCAGCUUCAUCAGGCUCAUUGGCUUCAAAUCCAGCACCUUUCCCGGCUGGUGCUCGUGACCCAAGUAUGGCUUCUUUUCCAAGAGGGAUGAAUCCCACUGGCACAGGGAUACAUUGGCCUGCAGGUCCCAGUUCACAUGUAGUCCCCUGCUCACCAUUGGAGAAUCAGCUCACUGCUCUCUAGAAACGUGGCGUUGGUGAACGGACCAUGCUUCCAUAGCUCUGACCUGGGCAGCUUGGACCUGGUCAUCUUCUACUGCCAUGCCUUUCCCUGGGGGCUUGAACACAGAACAGGGAGAUGGACAACCACUUCAAAGACCCACCGAAUGCAGUUUCUGCUUGACUGACUGGGCCUGCAGCUCCCUUCUCCUGGGACUUAGAGGUGGCCAGAUUUAAGGCCCCUCUACUCAUCCAACUCCCUCUUCACUGGUACUCCCAAUCAAUCAACCUCAAAAUUUAAACUGAUGUGGAGGGGAAUAUGGGAAUUGGGGUGGGGGUGGGGGAUGAAGGGAAGAAAUCACUGUGCUUUGUUCAGCCUGGUGUGCAAGGAUGGUUGGUGGUUUUCCUGCGUUGUAUCAUCUUUUCUUACUGUUUCUUUAAUAAAUGGGAUGAGAGGGC